AUGAUAGACAUAGUCAUACUAGACAGCAAAACGUAUAAAACCCUACAGAGCAGCACAAUACUGGACAGUUACACAGGCUCAGACCAUAAAUACCUUAUACACAAAUUCAAUAAUAACAAUGACAAUAGUAAUAACAAUGACAAUAGGUACAAUAACAAUGGUAAAAACAACAAGGGCACAAUAAACUACAGUAAAUUCUUGCAAAACUAUGACAGCAAAAUUAAUAGUAACACAAACAUAGAGUGGACGAGCAACCGUAUAGACAAGUACAUAGAAGCAAUAGAAAACGCAGUAAACGAAUCACGAAGAACACUACCAGCAACACUAAAAAAUAAACAGAAAGCACACUGGUGGAAACCAGAACUACAAACAUUAAGAAGCGACUGUCAUCAUGCGAGAAGAAGAAUGCAGAGGGCUAGAAAACAGAAAAGAAACGACUCGAUCAUAAAAAGCCUAAGAAAGGAGUACAAAGCGAGAAAAGAUAUUCUAAAAAGAGAAAUAAAAAUGGCAAAAAUAGAGUCGUGGAAGAGACUGCAGGAUAUGGUCGAAGAUUAUCCAUGGGGGAGACCAUACAAAGCAGUCUUCGCGACUUUUAAACCAAGGACACCUCCGAAUAAAUUAAACAAAGAAGAUGUGGAAAAAAUAAUAGAGGGUUUAUUCGUCACGAAACCACAGGUGGCAGGAGAUAACAGGAGAAAUUUGAACCUAGAAAGAAGAGGAAUAGACGAAUUACUAGGCAUUAGAGCAAGAGACACAAAGGAAAACAAAGAUAGGAAAACUACAAUAGAAGAACUACAAAAGAAAAACGGAAAUAAUCCUACUUACCGGCAGAAAACUAAAUAG